AUGGCAUCAACGAAACAAGAACACUCAGUUUCGGAAUCAUCUACGAGUGACAGUGAAGAGUGGGACACUGAUUUAGAAGAUUGUUGUCCGCAAGAAACAAGACAGAGGCUGAGUAGCUCCCUGGAACAGACCUACUUAGAAGCUUGCAGAGAGCUCGGAGUACCACCUGCAACAUCCUUCAUCAAGCAAAUGAUGACAACCAAGGUGCAUCAUUCCUGGUUCCAUGGCUUUCUCUUGUUAUAAAUAAACCGUAAAUCCUCUAUUAAGCCCCCUGCGGGCUUUUUUACUUCAAGCCCAUCUGUGUGUGUGUGUGUGUGUGUGUGUGGGGGGGGUCGUCAUAGAGACGUUAUCAGUUUCAUUUAGAAAAACGUAAAAAUAACGAGAAUACAAAGUGGAAAAGCUUAAGUACAAGAAGGCUGGAGGUCAUGCAGCCGAGGAUCAGGAUCAGAUCCGAAUUUUCCGUUGGUAAAUAAACCAUCCCGGAUCAGUCCACACGAAGUUUUACUGUCAUAAUUGAUUAAUACAGUCUAUCACUAAUAAGUAAACAAUACUAAGGGGGGCAGGGGCGGAUAAAGGGGGGGGUAGGUUUAAUAGAGAGGACGGGCUUAUUAACUUUUUUCCCCUGAAAAAAGGGGUGGGCUUUUUAGAGGGCGGAGGCUUCUUCGAGAGGUGGGUGGGGGGCUUAAUAGAGGAUUUGCGGUGUAUGUUUUUUCAAUAUGAUUGUUGCUUUUAUAGUAAAAAAUACAGUAUUGUUCAAGAGUGAAACCCCAGGAGAAAUAACACUGUUGAGACCCUUGCAACAUUUCUUUUAUAGUUCACAAUGAAAUAUGAAAUUUCACGGAGCACUCACACAUCGAUAUCGUGCUUCGAAUUAUUCCUUUUCUUCACCUUUCAUCGAUAUAAACAUUUUUUUCUGAGGACGUAAGGAGCUGAGUGCUGCUAUUCUUUAAGACUCCGAGAAAACAAUUAGGAAGUAUCGCUUAAGAUUUAGGUCCAAAGUUUCCCUUUUUAACCCAACAAGGUUCGCUUGAUAUUUAAAACUAUUUAGCAAUUCCAUGUAUACUAUUCAGUUAAAACCGAAAGCGUCAAGGCAUUGAGCCAUUCUAAAUAAGGGCAUAAGGUCUUAACUUUCUAAAGAAACUACUUUUCUUAAAUCUAAUUUCAGGUGGAUCUUCGAAACUAUGGAAUCCUGGACAAGGGACUGCAAGCUAUCUGCUGUGCGCUUAAAAGCAACAUAACUGUGAUCUCUCUGAAUCUUCACGAUAACGGAAUCACUGAGACUGGAGCCCAAGCAUUGGCAGAUUUGUUAGAUGAAAACUGUUUUAUAACCAGCUUAGAUAUCUCGGGAAACAACAUCGGCCUCCGAGGAUGCCACGAGAUGGAGCGGAUGAUCAAAAACACAUCAUCACUUCGGCAGCUUGCCUUCUCAAACAUCUGCAACACAGGAAGAAACGUCCUUCCCAUUCUUGAGGGUCUCAAAGAUAACUUUUAUUUGAGGGUUCUUGACCUGAGCCACAAUUGCCUCGAAGACCAAGGGGCAGGUAUCAUUGGAUUCAUACUUUCUACGACCAGCUCUCUGGAAUCUCUGAAUAUCAGCUGGAACAAGAUUUCUUCACGAGGUUCUGUAGAGGUCAUGGACGGACUACGAGAAAGCUACACGUUGAAGAAGCUAGAUUUUUCCUGGAAUAGCUUGGCAGGUGCAGGAGCGCAAGCCUUGAGACGCGCUCUCGAGGCCAACGAAUCAUUGGUGCAUCUGGAUGUUUCAAACACUUCCAUCGGUCUGGCUGAAGCAAAGUUAAUCGCAAAGGGUAAGGACAAAAGCCAAUCAAAACGUAAAAAAAGGAAAAAAAUGAAAAACAAAGGCCAUCCCCACAAAAUGUUUCGUUUCCCAUCGCCCGACCGACCCAUUUUUUGGAAAAGUAAAAAAAAAAGAAAAAAAAUUCUAGAAUCACUUGCAAAGAAGCAAGUACUUUAAUUUACAAGCACACGAUCUUGUCUUAUUAACAGCAACUGUCUUAAAUUAUUGUCGAUACUUCGUUUUUGUAACCUUUUUAGACAUUUGAUAGUCCUGUAAAUAUACAUCUUUUACCGUCUGAUUAUGUCUUGCAGACUAAACGUGAGAUUUAACGUGCAAUCAUGUGUUCAUUCUUUUUUUUUUUUUUGCCCGACCGACCGACCCACCUUCACAAGAGGGAGGGCGAUGGGAAACGAAACAUUUUAUGGGGAUAGCCAAACAGGAAAAGUGGAAUUCACAAAACGAAUCAGGGUUUCCAGGACAAAAGACCGUCUAGGAAAACCCUCGAGAACAUAAGAGGUAUCACAUAAAGAAAACCUGUUUACGGGAAGCCGAAUGCCAACUCUUUGCAUCGAUAACUCGAUUCAUUCCAGGUCAUUAUGAUGACCAUUUAGGUCUCAAUUUUUCCCAAUUAAAAUGAGUGGUACAAUUACAAGUUUGUGAUUUAUUGUCAAGGAGGCUUGGCUCGCCCUAAGCAAAUGCGCUUUCUUUUCUUACAGGUCUCAAAAAGAACAAAUCCCUUGAGGUACUUCGCAUUGGUAAGAAUCCAUAUUUGAGUCCGGGUGCUUAUUCGUUCUUGAAAGCAAUCAGGAGAAAUCAGGAAAGCGCCCUUCGGGAACUUCACCUGGACAACAUGGCUCUAGACGGGGACUGCCACAGGGAGCUGGAGGAUGUUCUCAAAAAGCGACCCGAUUUUAAGGCCUCUUGGCAGGUGAGUAUCCAAGGUGGACAAGCCAGGGAGAUUCAAUACCCGAAGAGACCAUCACCAUUAGACAUAUUCGUCAAGUUUGGUCGCAGCAGCGGACUGCGAAUGGUUGACUUGUUUAAGAUUCUCUCGGCCAAACGUGAUACCAUUGGAGAGAAUGCGUUCAUCUCAGGCUUGAAGAACAUGAACAUUAACAUGACAAAGCAUGAGCUGAAGAAGCUGUUUUCAAUCCUUGAUGUUAAUGGGGAUGGUAAGCUACAGUUUCACGAAUUUCCCAAUCUGGUAGCUUUGAAGUUGCAUGAGGAAAACGCCGAGCGGCUUGUAAACUGCCGUGCACAUAAAUAA